CUAUAAGAACAUCAGUUUGGUCGUAGAAUCCAAGUCGAGACGAAGUCCUCUGAUGUCUUAUCUUGUUUAGUCUAACGAACAGGGUAGGAUUGCUACGGGACGAAAUCAUGAAGUUGGGGCCAUUUUUGGCGGUGCUUAUUGCACUGCUGUGCAUAGCGCGCAACUCUUCCGGAGAGCCUUUGAAGCAAAGUGGUGUGGAUACAGUUCCUGCUGCAGCUAGAAUUAAUCCACGAUUCUAUGUGAAGGUUGGCCGUGAUGACCAACGCAGUAUUGCAUCCUCGGGGGAGGAAGAUGAUAAUCUAACUUCCGAGGAAGAAGCGGAACUCGCUGAAGAAGAAGAGGACGAGAAUGACAUUGAAGACGAUGAAGCCAUCGAGACCUAUUAUCCUGUUUCCGAUGAUAGCGGUCAAACCUAUCUGAUUCCGGAAAGUGUCCUUCAAGUCAUGGCAGACAAGCAGCAAUCCAAUGAUGACUCGGACACGUUUCUAGUUCCAAAUGGUUCAAUUGAUCUUGACGAUGAAGACUCUGAAGAUGGAGAAAGGAAUAGCGCUAUUAUCCUUUCCGAGGAAUCUCCUGAAGACAAUGCUGUUAGUGAGGGAAAUCAAUUCAUUGCAAUUGUCCAAGAACCUGAAGCGAAUGGUAAAUCCCGACGAAUUCAAGUUCGUAGGGGAGGUGGACUAAGAAGGAGGCGAGCCGGAGGUCGAAGACGAAGACGCAGACGUGGAGGUUCAAGCAUGGGGCUGAGGAGGCGUCGUACCCGAAAGAAGAUCAGGCGCGGCGGUGGUGCUCGUCGUGGCGGUCGUGGUCGCAGGAGACGUGGUGGCCGUAUCCGACUAGGACGUAUUCGCAUGAGGCCACGUCGUGGAUACGGUUUCCGAUUCUAAGAAGUGACAAGGCUUAUUAAGACAAGAUUAACGAAUUUGAUUGUUUCCAUAUGUUCAUCAAACGAUUCAUUAUCAUUUUGGGGAGAGAUGAGAAUCUCAAGAUUUUCGUCUCAAUUUGGUGAUUGCAAACAUACAAAAACUCACAACCAUACACAUCAUAUGCUUUAACAAAUAAAGUCAUUGCAGUUCAAACAUUUUAA